AUGCGUAUUGCCCUGACACUUGUGUUGAUCCUGCUCUUGGGUGUGUCCGUUCAAUUGAUUCCAAGGACAUUCGUUCACGCAACCACAAGCGAAUGCAGACAUCCUGAAGAUGAAAACAUCAGAAUUAAAAAACCACCAGUGGUCCUUCAUUACGACAAUACCGAAGAAGAGUCUCUCAUUUCUGCUGAAACAACCAGUGAAAAUACUCUAAGAACAUUCGGGACACCACGAGUUCCAGUCGAUACCUCUCGUAUUGAAACAGCACUUGUGAGAGGUUUUUUAUCACAGCAAGCCAAUGAGUACAUCUUUUUGAAUCCUUAUCGUUAUAGUGUCACAGGUCCAACUAAUUUGAAUUUAAUAGAUCGACAAGCGUUUAAAGGAAGAGACUCUACUCCUUGUGUGGCUUGUCGAUUGGAUUGUUUGGGAUCAGGAAGUAUAUUUUCAAAAUGUAGAAAUCGAUAUUAUUAUUAUGGAUGUCGUAAAAAGGCUCCAUGUUUUAAUCCACUGACAGCUAAACGAACCAUUAUUGAAACUGGUAUUGGAAUUUGUAUUGAUAAGAAUGGAUGUGUGUUAAAAGCAACAGGAAUCAAACCAGGACAAGGAAGAUUUUUAUUGAACAAAGUUAUUAAGACUGUAAGACUCACUGACCUUGAAAUUGAUAGAAACGCUGAAUUGUAA